AUCAUAAUGAUAGAACGUUAAAAUUAUCAAAAAUUUAUGAUAAUAUCCAUGAACUUAAAAUAGGAUCACUCAAUAUGAUAAAUUCUCAUUUGAUCUUUUAUAACAAUGUAUACAAUGAUAUGAAGCAUGAGCAUUCGAAAUAUUUACUAAAUAAUUGGCCAUUCAAUACAGAUCCAAAAAAGCAUAUAUACGAAGAAAUGGCGAUUGCUGCAUAUCUUAUGUCUUUAUGGAGAAUAGAUGAUUGUGAAACUUGUCAGCCAAAUAACAAAGAAUUACCUAACAAAGAUCAAUCAAAAUAUUUCCAAUAUAAGUUUUUGGAUUUGGGAUGCGGCAAUGGACUUCUCACUUACUUUUUAACUAAAUGCGGAUUUAAGGGUGUAGGAAUCGAUAUUAGGGAGCGAAAAACCUGGUCAAUUUUGAAACAAACCGAAGAAAAUUUGAAUUUACAAGAGAUGGCAUUAGAUCCAUCCCAAGAAAAUUGCGUCUUUUCGGAAUACGAAUGGAUCGUAGGCAAUCAUUGUGAUGAAUUAACUCCCUGGAUUCCUCAUUUAUCUCAAAAAAACGAUACCUUACAUCUUCCCCGCAACAAAUUAUUUAUUUUACCAUGUUGCCCUCAUGACUUUUACGGAAAAUAUCAACGCAGGAGACCCCAUUUGAGUCGUUAUGAGGAUUAUUUGAUGUUUCUCACCGAUUUGCUCAAAAACAAAUACGGGUUUCGAACUCACGUCGAUAAGUUAAGGAUUCCAUCGACUAAGAGAAUAUGUUUGAUCGGAUAUCCUCCAAGUCAAAAAAAUACAUUGCUACUCAAGACAUCAGGUGAUGCUAUAGGAACACAAACUAAUUUUAUUCCCAGACCCAAGCUGGAAGUGGUUCGAAAUUGCACUCUAGUGGACAAAUCUAUCAUUACGGAUAUUGUGAAUAGAGUUUUUGCCAUGAUUAUUAGCGCUGAUCCUAUCAAGGGUUUUUAUGUAAUUGGAUGCGAAAAAGAAAAAAAUAUCCAGGAUCAUAUAGAUAAGCUGAAAUUGAGUGUAGAGGAGAGCACUGCUAAUCUCCACACAAUGAAUAAAAUACAACAUUCUAAUAAAGAACCUGAGGUUGUUAUCGAAGAUUCUACUAUUUUUUGGCACUGUGGAGGGAGAGUUCCAUUAUCAGAUAUAAUAGAAACGCUAAAUUCAUCUGAAAAGACGGCUUUAAAAUCGCAAGCAGGAGGAAUUAGGACACUUUUAAAGAAUCACGGUUAUAUAUUUACAGUAAAAGGAGAAUUCGUCACACUUUCUUACCAUGCGAAUAUAGACGUCGGCCAAAAUUUAAACGGUAAUAAUGUAUCGGGGACUAGUUUAGGACAAAACUUAAAAUCUCGCCACAAAAAUCGGGGUAAUAAAAAAUUCGCCAUCUUUAAGAAGAGCAAAAUGUGUUGGUUUUAUCAAAAUCAUCCUCAAGGAUGUCUUUAUCCUGAAUCUUCUUGUAUGUACGCUCAUGGACCCGAUAAUUUAAUUAAAUUGUAAUAUUUUUUUAAAAGAAAACUAUAUUAUAUCCUAUGAUUUU